CUUUGCCGCGCGUGGGAAGCACCGGCCCGGGGGGUGGUGGUCGGCCUCGGGGGGCUGCGGCUCGGCCGGGCUCCGGCGCCUCCUCUCCAAACUUCUGCUCCGCAGACCGGCGGAAGAGCUCGCCGCUCGCGCGACCGCCCGCCCCUCCGUCCUUGUCGCAGGACUGAAUCAUUUAUCACCUGCAGUCUCCGGAACGGCCGAGGCCGCCGGCUGCAAGCGCGCCUCCGCGGGCCCCGCUCUGGCUGGCGGAAGGCGGCGGCGGCGGCGGCGCUCUGCAGACGCUCAGAGGCGCUUUUCCCGGAGGCGGGGGCGGUGCUGGGCCGGGCCGGCUCCCAGUCCCCGCCCGCCGGGCCGCCCCGUCCUGCUGGGAGGCGGGUUUAAGGCGCUCGUGCGGCUGCUGCAACUUUCCCAGCGAGCCGACCAGGCGCCGGGAAGGACCACCGAGCUCGCGCCGGCGGCCGCCAGGAUCCUCUCCCGGCCUCGCCAGCGGCGGCGGCGGCGGCGGCGGCGGCUCCGGUCCCUCCUGCUGGCUCCGGCCCCGCGCCUCCCCUCCGCUGCCCUCGCCGGCUCCCACCAAGAUUCAAAAGAAUAUCUUUUGGGUCAUGGUUCUUUCUUCUGUCUACCCAUGAAGACUUUGAACGUGGCCAGUCCGUAACUACAAGGGAUUCAGAGCAUACCAAGACACAGCAAAGAUGGUCUUCCUUCUCUUGUGGUGGAAUUUCAGAGGCUUUGUGCUCUCUCUCCUUCUAAAAACAAGCCUCUCCUUAAACCCAGAUGAUCCAAAUGUUUGCAGCCACUGGGAAAGCUACGCGGUGACUGUUCAGGAAUCAUACGCACAUCCCUUUGAUCAGAUCUACUAUACAAGAUGCACAGAUAUUCUGAACUGGUUCAAGUGUACUCGACACAGAAUCAGUUAUAAAACGGCCUAUCGGAGGGGACUGAGGACGAUGUAUCGGCGACGGUCUCAGUGCUGCCCGGGAUAUUACGAGAGUGGGGACUUCUGCAUCCCUCUCUGCACUGAAGAAUGUGUCCACGGACGGUGUGUGUCUCCUGACACUUGCCACUGCGAACCAGGAUGGGGAGGGCCAGACUGCUCCAGCGGUUGUGAUCAGGACCACUGGGGCCCUCACUGCAGCAACCCUUGCCAGUGCCGGAAUGGAGCUCUGUGCAACCCCAUCACUGGCGCUUGUGUGUGCGCACCGGGAUAUAAAGGAUGGCGCUGCGAGGAUUUGUGUGAGCCGGGAACUUACGGGAAAGGCUGCCUGCUCAAGUGCCAGUGUCAUAAUGGGGCAACCUGUGACCACAACACAGGAGAAUGUCAUUGUGCACCUGGAUACACUGGAGUUUUUUGUGAAGAGCCGUGUCCUCCCGGGAGCCACGGAAUCCAGUGCGAACAGCGAUGCCCCUGCCAAAAUGGAGGAACCUGUCACCACAUCACGGGAGAAUGCACCUGUCUCCCAGGAUGGAUGGGUUCUGUGUGUGCUCAGCCUUGCCCAUCGGGAACAUAUGGGGUUAACUGCAGCCAAGAAUGCCCAUGUCAUAAUGGAGGACAAUGCGACCACGUGACAGGGGUGUGCCUGUGUACUGCAGGGUAUAUGGGAGACAGAUGUCAGGAGGAGUGUCCAGUGGGGACAUUUGGCUUCCAGUGUAUGGAGAAAUGUAACUGUGAGAACAGAGCCAAGUGCUAUCAUGUCAACGGAGCAUGCCUGUGUGAUCUGGGCUUCAAGGGCAUCCAUUGCCAGGAGCGGAUCUGUCCAGAGGGAUACUACGGGCUGAAAUGCAACAAACAGUGUCCGUGUCAUGCUACUAACACAGUCAGUUGCCAUCCUCUGUCUGGCGAAUGCAACUGCAAAGCUGGCUGGGCAGGGCUCUAUUGCAACGAAACGUGUGCACCUGGAUUCUACGGUGAAAGUUGUCACCUUGUUUGCCAUUGUCAAAAUGGAGCAGAUUGUGAUAGCAUCACAGGGAAAUGCACCUGUGGACCAGGAUAUAUGGGAGAGAUCUGUUCGGUUAUGUGUCCUCCUGGGAGCUAUGGAGUCAAUUGCUCCUUGGCCUGCAACUGCAAAAACGACGGCACGUGUUCCCCAGGAGAUGGCUCCUGCUUCUGCAGAGAAGGGUGGCAGGGAACUGACUGUUCCAUUCCAUGCCCGAGCAACACGUGGGGUCUUAACUGCAACCAGACCUGUUAUUGUGCCAAUGGAGCUGCCUGUGACCCCGUGGAUGGAUCUUGCUUUUGUGGUCCUGGGUGGCAAGGGGAAAUCUGUGACCAGCCUUGCCCUGAUGGGACAUAUGGCCUGAACUGCACCGAACGCUGUGAUUGUGACCACGCAGACGGGUGUGAUCCUUUGACGGGCUAUUGCUGCUGCCUUGCUGGUUGGACAGGCAUCCAUUGUGACAGUGUGUGCUCACCAGGCCGUUGGGGACCCAACUGCUCCAUUGCCUGCAACUGUGAAAAUGGAGGUUCCUGUUCUCCAGAAGAUGGAAUCUGCGAGUGCGCUCCGGGCUAUCGAGGACCCAUGUGCCAGAGAAUUUGUCCCCCUGGUUUCUACGGGCUUCACUGCAACCAGAUUUGUCCUCAAUGCCUUCACAGCACACUCCCCUGCCAUCAUGUCACGGGCCAAUGUGAUUGCCUACCAGGGUUUUUUGGCCCCCUCUGCAACCAAGUGUGUCCAAGUGGAAGAUAUGGAAAAGACUGUGCUGAGUUGUGUUUGUGUACAAACAAUGGGACCUGCAAUCCCACUGAUGGCUCUUGCCAGUGUUUCCCAGGAUGGAUUGGCAAAGAUUGCUCACAAACUUGUCCAGCGGGCUUUUGGGGAACCGAUUGUUUUCAUUCGUGCAGUUGUCACAACGGUGGGACGUGCAGCCCCCAGAACGGAGAAUGCCAAUGUACCCCUGGCUGGACGGGUCCCUACUGUUCUCAGAGAUGUCCAGCUGCCUUUUAUGGAAAGCACUGCGCCAGCAUCUGCCAGUGCCAGAACGGGGCCGACUGCGACCACGUCACCGGGCAGUGCACCUGCAGAACUGGCUUCACCGGAAAACAGUGCGAGCAGAAGUGCCCACAAGGGACGUUUGGUUAUGGCUGCCAGCAGCUCUGCGAAUGCAUGAAUAACGCCACCUGUGACUAUGUUACAGGUACCUGUUACUGCAGCCCCGGGUUCAAAGGAAUCAGGUGUGAUCAAGCGGCUCUCAUGAUGGAAGAAUUAAAUCCCUAUACUAAAAUUAGCCCAGCUCUUGGAUCUGAGAGGCAUUCAGUGGGAGCAAUCUCUGGAAUUAUUAUCCUCCUGCUAAUUAUUAUGGUUUUGCUGGCACUGUUUGUGUGGUAUCGACGUAAGCAGAAGAAAGGGCACGACAUGCCAAGCGUCUCGUACACCCCGGCCCUGCGGAUGACCAACACCGACUACUCGCUCUCUGACUACGCGAAGGGAUCGGCCCACAGCUCCAGCUCCACUUCCCUCAACAGCAGCGAAAACCCCUACGCCACCAUCAGAGAGGCCCCCAUCCUGACCCGCAAACUGCCCGAGAACAGCUAUGUGGAAAUGAAGUCUCCUGCCCACCGGGACGCGUCGUAUUUGGACAUGCCGGCCUCUUCGCCGGCCCACAAAAACAUCUACGACGUUGAGCCCACGGUCAGCGUGGUCCAGGAGAUCCGUCUCCGCAGUGCUGGUUACAUCCAAAAUCCAUACGACCUGCCCAGAAACAGCCAUAUCCCCAGCCACUAUGACAUUGUCCCCAUAAGACACAGCCCAACUCAUGGAACUCUCUGGGAGAAGCCAUCUUAAAGGGCCAAACCACCUGGACAUCCCAGCCCCAACUGUGUGCUAUGUGAGCAUUGUUCUCGGACACAACAAAAGACGACAAUCUUUUUUUCUGUUUCAUCCUGCUGUAGAUGGGAGGAAAGGAAGACCACUCAAAGAACCUUUAGGGACAAUUGUUGGGGCCAACUUGCUUCUGCAUGAAACUCUUUAUUAUUUGACAAAAUAAUUUUAUACACAUUGCAGGAAAAACCCAAGAAAGCUCCUUUGCGUUCAACAGCAGAAAAAAGACAUCCGAAAGCCAUUUAUCUCCAAGGUCAACACUGGACCACGUGUGAUUUGUUUUUGCUUUAAAAAAAAAAUGGAGGGGAGGGAGGGUAAGAAAAGACUCCUUGCUGCAAGUUCUUAUAACUCUGUCUGCACUGUAUUAUCAUCUGCUUCAAGAAUUCUUUUCUAAAAAAAGAGAGAGAGAGAAUGAGAGAGAGAGAGAGAGAGAGAGAAAGAGAGAGAGAGACGUGAUCUUCAGAUCGAUUUGGGGAUAAGUUAUGAAGCCUCCUGUGUAAUGCAGAAAGUACUUCUCCAAGGAACCCAGAAAUAAGGUGCUUUAGAAAAUCACAGCCGCCAUAACUUGAUACUCUUUCAUUCUACACGGCGUGAAGAAUCCAGUUUUUUACAGCUGCAGAAGUUCAGAAAUUCUUGGUCCGCAGAGUUUAUGGAAGGUUAGGUUCAUAAGCGCUUACUCUACUCUGCUCCUUGCCCACCUCAUGCAUCCAUUGGUCCACUUUUAGGAGCUGGUCUCCAUCCAUCCAUCCAUCCUUCUCAAGAGAUGUGGUCGAACGACAGCAAUCUGCAACCGAGUCCGUGCCCGUCUGUUCUCAGGUGGCGUUGGCAGUGUGGACUGGGAUAAUCUCAAAAUGCUUGUUUUAUCUUGCAGUGGAAUGAAUAUGAGAUUGUCAGGACAGAGCUAAAGCACAGGAGUCAGAGCAUAGCCAGGGACUCUUAAUUACACUUUUUGGUCCUUCUGCUGACAAAGGUGGCAUGCUUGUGCGAUGCACCAAGGAGUGUGUACAUAAAAAAUGUUCAAGAACGGCCUUACCCAAACACACAUGACAAUUGUCUAAACCUGAACUGGACAUUGGUGGCAUCCUUCUUCAACAUGGUUUACUCUAGUAGAGAUGGACUACAAGAACUUUCCUUGAUCUUGGUGUUCUCCAGAUGUGUAGACUUCCGUUCCCAGAAUUCUCAGCAAUAGUCAUUGGCCAACGAAUUAUGGAGAUUCAGUCCAUACAUAGCAGAGCUACCAAGUAAGAGAAGGUUGUAUUUCAUCAUCCUUCCCAGUCAGUAUGACUGACGUCCAUGCUAAACGGACAAGAAAUGUCCAUAUACCAUUAAGGCACAAUUGAGUGGAAUUUGUAAGAGAAAGGAAAAGAACAGCUUGCAAAAACGUGACAAAAGGUAUCAGACCCACUGACCACAAAGUGUUUGCAUCUGAUCAGGUUCUUGAAGAAGUCAUUCAUAGCUAUUGAUCGUUCUAUUACCCAGGUUGAUAGGUUGAAAAUAUUAUUUAAUCAGAAAUAAAUUGGGUAACAGAAUGCAGCUACUUAAUGUAUUAUCAGCUUUGUGAAGGUGGGGGUCAGUGAACCUUUUCAGGUGUGUGCGUGUGUAGGGGGGUACGUACCUUUAUCACCUCUGAUGUGAUACUAUUCAACUAGAAACAAAAUACGGUUUACUAGAUCUCCAUUUUUUUCUGAAAUCGCAUGAGAUCUCAUGUAAGUAUAUAGGGAUCUUGCUAGAUUUGUUGAUGAUAGAAGAUAGGGUUAAAUGGGUCAGUGGAUCUGUUGCAGACCCCAGAUGGAUAAUCCAUUGUAUAUAUGCUCUAGUGGCCAUUAAACAGUUGUGAAGGCCAGAAACUGGAUACUUGCCAGCCAUAUUUGCUGCCACCAGCAUAGACUAGACUGUUAUCUCCAGAUGUGGGAUUGCAACUCCCGGGUUUAAUAACUGGGAUUGCUGCACAUUGAAAAUUCUUGGCUUGAUGACCCAGAGAUCUCUGAUUCAGUUCAACGUGGCUUCCACAGCUCCUGAAAAAAUUACAAUCAGAGAGUCGUAGAACUGUGGAGUGGGAAGAGACCAACAAGAAUCAGGUAGUCCAACCUUGCUCCCUAUUUUUGUGAAAACAGCUGCUUUGAACUUAAUUGAACAUGAUGCCAAGCCAGUUCAUUCAAUGAGAGGCGUAGCUGCCAUUUGUCAACAAGACCAAGUGGUGGGAGGGGUUAAGAGGGGGCCACAUUUCCAGACAAGAGAAUCAAGUGAGUAGCUAAUAGCAGAAGGCACCUUCCACGGAUUGCUCGCUUUGGACCGAUGGUAGGAGUUUAAUCCAGAUCAUCUUCAGAACUAACACGGGUGUUACCUCCAAUAGUUAGACCAGACCAGGAAAUCCACUCUGUGGGAAGGCUAAAACUAAUUUUAUUGAGGUUGGCUUUAAUAACAGAUGUUUGCAAGUCUGAUUGUGCUGCACCUUCUCCUUCUUACACUGAAGAGAAGUAGGAAGGUGUUUGCUUGAGCUGUUUCCAAAUAUUCUCUUGUUCUGGACUUUAAGAAAUGAUUCAUCCCCUUUCGCCUAUACAACAGUUCCUGAGUGUGUCCAUCAAGCUCAUCUUGCUUACUGUCACCAUGGCAGAAGGGAUGCUGGGGAAUCGAGUAGUUUACUCCCUCAGUAAAAGCAAAGGACUUUUUGGGGGGUGGGGGUGGGGGGAAUUGGUGGGAAAUGAAGGCCUAAUUCCAAAGCAAAGAGGAGGGUGGAUUUCUGCACUGGUCAGUGGAUGGAGCAAAAUUGCACCCCGGUUAGAUUUUAGGAGAAUGACUUUUUUUCCACAGCAGAAAAAAAAAGUAUUUACACGAAUGCUGCAUGUGUGCAUGGGGGAAAAUGAUCUAUUGGCAAUAGCUGUUUUACUUUCCAAGAGAGCCUUAUCCAAAAAUAUAUUUAAAAAGUAGAACUUUAUUUUGUAGGACCUGUAGGGAUAUAUAUUUUAAAUACAUGUAUAGGGGGGAAAAUAAAUAAAAGUCUUACCUCAGAAUUAGCAAGGGGAAAAUCCUCCAUGAAGGCUUUUUUAUUUCAAUUGGGCAUCUUCACCAUUAAGUUGACUUGGAAAUUUAACAUACCGACCUAGAUAAAGUCAGGAAUAUGGACUGCUGCACUUUUCAAGAAAGACAUACCUGCAAACAGAUGCAACAAUUGACCAGGACCAGUCCGGUUCUGAUGGAGGUAUGGAUGCAAAAUAUGGGUAACCUCUAAGCUUAUCCGGUUCGUAAAAGUAUGCAAGUUUUCAGGUGAAUUUUUCUCCAGCAGGAGAGAUGAUGGCUGCAGAUCCAGGAAAUGUUUAUGCUGCAUUUGAGGCUGCUGCACUAUAUAAACUGAGUGUCCCCAGUGUCCAAAAUAAAGGGGUGGAGAAUACGUAGAUUACAUUACAUCCAGCAGGAGGCACUGAAAAGCAGACCCGUUCCUUUAAAUGAGAAUACAAACGUUGUAAUGGCAAUACUUUUUUUUAAAAGCAAGACAUAUUUGUAAUAUUUGUUGACCAAACGAAGGUAAUAUACCUUGUUAAAAAAUAAACUGAAUUUCUCUCUGUUGCACUUUCCCCCCCUACAGUUAUUUCUAAGGGUACAAUGACCAGUGAAAAGUGCUAAUUGUUUUAAAUAAAAAAAAAAGUGAUAACAGAAUAACCGAGUUGGAAGGGACGUUGGAAGUCUUCUAAUCCAACCCGUUCAAGCAAGAGACCCUAUACCACAGGUCAGCAACCUGCGUCUCUGUCUCUCUCCUCUCUGUCUCUCUCACCAUCAUCCAACUCCCCUGAAUGUAUUUAAUCCUCUUGGCAUGCUAUAUAAGAUAAAGGAACUGGCUGAUGGGGUUCUCCUGUUCAUCCAGAAAGCUUUAUCCAUUGGAAGCAACCAGUAAAAAAAGUUUAAUUAUUUGGAGAAGUGGGAGAAUUGUUCAGGGUCACAACUGCUCAACUCUCUUUUCCCAUGAUGACAAAACACGCAAAGUUUAAAGCUCUGCAAAGAGAAAGCAAUGAAGUGCGCAAAAUGGAACAGUAAAUGAGUCAGAGUUGCAUGUCAAGUUGAUCCACAUAAUUUAUUCACAUGUUAAUUCCAAUCAUCUUCCCGCAGCUCAAGGGCACUCGUCCUUCCCCUUUAAAUAUCAAAUGCCCAUCAGAGUCUAAUUCCAAAGAAGCUCACUCCAUAACCUCUCAACAAUCCCCUGUGAUUCUUUAUUAGAAUUCCAAAAAUGAAUAAUUUUAAAUCAAUCUUAAAAAAUACUCAAGGUACAGAAUGUGCAUACAGUACAAAGCAAUUUACAAAAAAGAAGAAGAGGUGGGAAGAGAAAGAACAAAAAAAAA